UAAACACCAACUCCAGAGCUUCUACAUCGAAAUCAGUUUCGCACUUAUCUACUUUAUUAGCAAUUUCAUCACAACUUGAUGACCCUGAUAUUGUGGCCAAAAAUGCAAUAGGUCAAAAUGAUGCAAUAGCUAAAAUCAAGAAAGCAAAUCAUGAAAAAAGACUAGGAAAACUUAAACGUUAUACAAAAGCUCAAGCUAAACUUAGAGCAAAAAAGCAAAAACAACUCAAAGAUAAUGGUAUCGUUGAGCAAUAUAACAAACCUGGACAACCAUCAACAGCUAUGUUAUAUCCGGAACUUUGGAACAAUAUUCAUGAUUGU